CGUUUCAUCAGAAACAGAGCAAUUCAUGCUUAGCUUUCAUUUCCCAGCGAGAAGAAAGAAGCCAAGGUUAAUGGAAGAUACUGAGUUGGGUGCUCACACGGUAGCUUCUCAUGGAGUAAAGGUGGCGAGGUUCCACCUGCAUGACUGGAUUAUGCUGGUUCUCCUCGGCGCGCUUGAGCUCGUGUUCUAUGUUGUCGAUCCAUUCGAUCGCUUCGUUGGGAAGGACAUGAUGGCCGAUCUCAAGUACCCACCGAAGAGCACCACAGUGCCAUUCUGGGCUGUUCCUAUCUUCGCCGUCCUGUUUCCUUGUCUGGUCUUCGUAGCUAUCUACUUCAGAAGAAGGGAUGUUUAUGAUCUGCAUCAUGCAAUCCUAGGCAUCUUGUACUCGGUGCUUGUGUCGGGGAUGGUGACCGACGCCGUCAAGGACGCGGUUGGCCGACCUCGUCCCGACUUCUUCUGGCGUUGCUUUCCUGAUGGAAAAGAGGUGUAUGACAGCGUCACGACACGAGCUAUAUGCCACGGGCGAAAGGGAAUGAUAAAAGAUGGCCAUAAAAGCUUUCCAAGUGGCCAUGCUUCAUGGUCAUUUGCAGGCUUAGGCUUCUUCUCCUGGUACCUGGCAGGAAAGAUCCAAGCUUUUGAUCGCAGAGGUCACAUCGCAAAGCUUUGCCUCGUGUUUCUUCCUCCACUGGUUGCGUGCAUGGUGUCGAUCUCCCUGGUGAAUGAUUACUUACAUCACUGGGGAGACGUGUUUGCUGGUGGUCUUUUAGGAAUAGUGGCGGGUUCGUGUUGUUACCUGCAGUUCUAUCCACCGCCGCAUCACAUACAUGGUUGGGGGACGCAUGCAUACUUGCAGGUGUCGACUGAGACAAGGAACGGUGGUCGGACAUGGAGGACGAGGGGGAACACGAGUGAGUCUGAGGUAGGGUUGGGAACUCACAAUGGUUCAUGUGAAGACGAAGGUGGUGACGCGAGUACCGCAGACGCAUGCUUCACCCGGGACAUGGAUGCAGCUAGCAUGAGAGAUAUGUUGCCUGAAGAACGAGUGUAA